AUGUCAGACCCAGGUCGUAGUAUCAAUGUAAUUUUUGGGGGUCAGAAUUAUGUGGUCCCUUUACCAUUGAGUAGCGACGCGACACUACUGGACUUAAUGAAGUCAGUGGACUCUGUUUUACACAUCCCAUUUGAUAAACAAAGAAUAAUAUACAAAGGAAGAUCUCUUGCAGAUCCUGAUGCACUAAUUUCUUCAUCGGGUCUCACUCCUGGGUCUAAAGUUAUGAUUCUUGGUUCAGUUGAAAAACUUAAUCCGGAUGAGGCCGUAAAACUUGCCAAGGCAAAAGACACAUCUGAUACAGUCGACUUGCAACUAAAAGACCUCACAAACAAGCUAGAUACUAUUUUGUCUCAAAGUGAUUCUGACAGUUUAGAGGUAACUGCACACGUAAAGUCUACAAUUGACAUUAUGGAGCAGUGCAUGCGUACUCUUGAGCUUCUGGAUUCUGUCCGGUUGCCAUACAACUGCGAAAAUGAACGCGCUUGUCGAAAAAGGCUAGUGGACACAAUGCAAGAGUUUCUUGUACAGGCGGACAAGUUGAGAACAGAAUUUUUAAAGCUUAUCAAAACACAACAAUGA